AUGGAUUACAAAGUGAAUCAAAAAGAGGCAUGUGAUAAAUAUCUUAUACAAUAUAACGAAAAUAAUGAUGAGGGUUCAUAUAUAAUUGGCAAUUAUAAUAAAUAUAAGAAAUUUUCUCAAUUUAAUGACAUUGAUAUAAAUUGUUAUUCAAAAAAUAAUAACUAUGAUAAUAUGCAUAUGUCAGGAAACAAAUUUAAUAGUAAAGAAGGAACAUCUAUUAUUGGAAAUGUUUAUCAAAAGUAUAAUGUGCAUGUAGAUAAAAAUAAUGAAUUUGAAAAUACCAAGAAAGGGUCGUAUCUAUUACGAAAUGACAUUUAUUAUAAAUAUAAUAAAACAAAUUGUUAUGAAAUUGAAAAUAAGCAAAAUGAAAAUAUAAAUUAUACAAACAUGGAUCAAAAUAAAAGCAAAAAAAAAUGUAUAUUAGUUACUGAUAUGUCUAAUCGAAAUACAGACAAUAAUUUAGAAAAUCGAAAAACAAAAGAAAUAAUUAAAACUCCUUAUGAAAAAAAUAACACUAACAUGAAUAAUUGCUCAAGAAUUGUUUAUACAAAUAAUAAUACAAAUCUUGUAAAUAAAGAAUCAUAUAAUAAUAUAAAUUAUUCUGAUAAAUAUAAGAAUAUUAAUAAAAAGACAUAUCGUUCAGAAAAUCCGUUAAGUGAAAUAUUCACGAAUGCUAUAUAUUCUAAUAUGCAGAAUAAUUCUGUUAAUAAAAAUAAAGAAAUGAAAAAAGAAAAUUCUACUAAAAAAACAGAUCACGAAAUGAGUGAUAAAACUGGUAACAUAAAUACUAGUUUGAUUAGGAAUGAAACUUAUUACAAUCGGUCCGUUAAUGCACACGAUAAUAACGAAAACGAUGUAAAUAAUAAUAAUAAUGGAAAAAUGAAAAAUAUUUAUAAAGGACAAAAUUACGAGGAUUACAAUAACCGAAAUCAAAUGGUGACGGGAUCUGGAAUUCGAAAAAUAAAUUAUGAAAAUAUAAAAAAAAAAAAAAAUUAUAAAAAUAAUAUUUAUAAUAAUUUGAAUAAAGAAAAUAUAGCUUAUUCAAAAAAUGAUCCCAAUAAUGUUAGUAGUAGUAUGCAUCAAAUGGCAACGAUCUUAAAUUCAGAGAAUGAAGAAGAUGGAACUUAUUUAUUUCAGAAACAAAAAAUAAACAACAAAUUACAAAAAAAUGAAACGAUAAAAACAGAUUCUAAAAAAUAUAAGGGACCAAAUUAUCUAAAUAGAAAAUAUAAUGAAAAUAGAUUCAUUAAUGUGAUACCCAUACAAAAAGGGAAUAUUACGAAGAACUUUUCUGGUACUGGAACAGGAUAUACUAGUAUAUACAACGAAAAUAUAAAUAAUAUUAAUAAUAAUGGAGGAUAUAAAUAUAAUGAUAUAUACAAAAAAUUGAUUAAUAAUUAUAAUUCAAUUCAUAAUAGCUAUAACUCAUUUCGAACUUUUGAUGGAAAAGAUAGACAUGAAAAAAAUAGCAUAAAAAACCAAAAUAAUAAAUUUCUCAAUAUUCCUACAAGUACAAAAUCUGUUGAAAAUAUAAAUAAUUCUUUUAAUUUAAAAAAAAAAUCAAAAAAAAAUAAAUCGGGAAAAAGUCAAAAUCAUAACAAAAAUAGUAACGAAAAUUGUAUCAAAAUUACAAAACAGGAAGAAGACUCAAUAAUAGAAUCAAAUAAUAAUAAAAAAAAAAACAAUAAUAAUAUUAUUAAUAAUAUUGAUAAAAUUAAUAAUAAUGAUAAUGGAAAUAGUAGUAAAAAGAAAAAUGCAAAUAAGCAUUUUAGUACAAAUUUGUGUAAUGCAUGUUUAAAUGUUAAUGAUGAUGUUUAUGUUAAACAAAUUAAAGAAAUAAUCGAUAGAGACAUUAAUUUAUCAGAGGAAAAUAGUAGAAUCAUAUCUGAGUUAAAAAAAAAUAAUAUUCUAAAUUCGUACAUUUUUAAAAAUAUGAAUUCUUUGGAAAAUUUUAAAAAAGGAGGGCUAACAUGGGUAGUGUAUCCAAACGACUUGGGCUCGCAAAAUGGGAAUGGCAAUAGCAACAAUAAUAAUAUCAACAAUGGCAAUAGCAAUGGCAAUGGCAGUGGCAAUACCAAUUUACUGUGGCAGUCUAGUGACACAUUUGAUGUUGAAAAUGUUUCCGAAAAUGUGGAACUUCGUUUAAAAAAUUCGAAACAUACAACGAUAAAUUAUGACAAAUUAGAAAAGGAUAAAGGAAAUAAUAAUGGUUAUUUAAAUGGUAAUAAUGAAACCGAAUUUCCUUAUGCAGAUUUAAUAAAAGAUAAUAUUUUUUAUAAUGAUAAAUAUAUAAUAGAACCCCUUAUAGAGAAUACAUGGUUAAAACGGGUUCUAUUAAUAAUUAAAAAAGAAUCAUUAGAUUUAGAUGCAUUUGUAUUUAAAUUAAAAUAUUAUUUUUAUAAAUCUGUUAUUUUUUUAUAUCAAGAAGGUAUUAAAGCAUAUUUAGGAGAUGUAGCAAAUCAAAUGAAAAUUUAUAUUAAAUAUAAUUUUUGGUCUGCAUCUGAAAUUGCUUUUAUUUUAUUACAAUUAACAAAUAUAUGUAAUAUAAAAAUAGAAGUAAGAAUAAAAGGGGAGAUUGGUUGUGUUAUAUAUCUAAAUGAAGAACCUCCAAAUUUUAAAGGAUUUGUUGAUAGUCAUACUUUAAAUAAUAUAUUUACUAAAAGAGAUUGGAUGUUAUUAAAUGAUUUUGCAAUACAAAUGAUGAGAUAUCAACAAAAUGAAGAUAAUAAUGAUAAUUGUAAUUGUUUAUCAAAUAUAAAUAUAAAUUCUCAAAAUGGUAUUUCCGAAAUAUUAUGUUUAAAAGAAUUAGAAAAAGAUCUUGAACCCGUUUUUAGUCCUGAUUUAAAUCAAUUGAUUUGUGAUAAAAAUAUGAAAGAAAAAAAUAACACAUCUGAAUCUAUUUUACAAUUUAAAGAAAAUCCAAAAAUAGAUACUCAAAUGAAUCCCAUUUCUACAUCUAACAAUAUAGAAAUAGGAAAUAAUGAUAAAAUGAGUAAUGAUUCUAAAAAUGUUGUUACAACAGAUAAAAAUAAUUGUGUAGAAACAAAUACAUGUAUAUUUUGUUCUUCUCCAAAUAAAAAAAUAAAAUCUUACAUGUUUAAUGGUGGUAGAUAUGCAUUUGCUGCUAAAUUAAAAGAAAAAAUUAAUGAAUUUAAAUUUAAAAGAUUAGGAGAUAUUAUACAUUUGGUUCAAUUAGCAAUACAUAAAGGAAUAUUUGUAUAUUCCCAACGUAUUUUAUUACCAGUAUCUGCUUGUGAAAAAAGUGCUGAUGAAUUAUAUCCAAAAAUAAAAAGUUAUAAUUAUGAAAUUUGUAAAACCUUAAAUGAAGUCAUGGAUAUUAUUUCAUUAUUAGUAGAUCAUAGACCAAAUGGUUUGGUACUUGCUCAAUUGAAACAACAAUUUAUUCUUCAAUAUAAAAAAGAAUUAAACAGUUUACAUUUUGGUUAUAAAAAAUUACAGAAUUUACUUUUAUCUGACCCUUUUAAUAAAUAUUACAAGCUUUAUAUUCCUAAUGCGAAUUUACAUCGAACUCAUAUUCAACAUCGAAAAUAUCAAACUCCCGAAAAUUGCAAAAUAUUUAAAAAAGAAGUUGAUGGAAUUUUUACACAUUUAAAAUUUAUUGAAGAUAAUGAUUUUUAUUAUCAUUAUUAUUCUGGAUCUGUUAAUUUUGAGGAGGAAUAUGAAACUGAGUUGGACGAAAACGAAAAGGAAAACGAAAAGGAAAACGAAAAAGUAGAUGCAAUAAAAACGGACAAAAAUACAAAGUUAUCAAAUUGUUUAGAAUCAAAUAAAAAAAAAAAAAAAAGUGUAAAUAUUGAUCUAAAAUACAAAAAUAUAAAUAAGCUACCUUUUUUUAUACAAGAAAAUAUAAAAAAUAUAUUUGAUUUUAAUGAAAAGGAAAAUGAGAUAAUUGAGUCUUUAGAUAAAGAACAUGAAUUAAAUGAAAAUAUGCGUUUGAUUUUGUUUACCAUAAAUAAAAUAGAGCAGGAAGAAGAUAACCCUAAUUAUGCUAAUUGUGAUAAUUAUGCUAAAUUAGUAAAAGAUGAUCUUCAAAAAAGUGAAAAUAAUAUAACCGAUAAUAAUAUUAACAAGAGAAACCAUUUAGUUAACUAUUUGUAUCAUAUCGAUUUUGAUACCGAGCAUGAUGGUGAUGGUAAUGGUAAUAGCAAUAGUAGUAGCAAUGGCAAUUGCAGUAGCAAUAGUGAGUAUGUGCUUUUAUUUAAAAAAAUAGAAAACAUAUUUAAUAGUUCUUAUGCAAAUGAUGAAACUGAUGAUGAUAUAAAUAAGAGUAAUAAUUGUUGUAAGGAUGAAGAAGGUGUAGAAGAAAACUGGAACGAUUCGAAAUAUAAUAUAUGGAACUUUUUUUAUAAAAAAAAAAUAAAUAAUUGUUUAGAUAUAAAUAAAACAUUUUAUGUUUCUCCAAUUCUGAAUAUUUAUUCUUUGAUUAAAAAAUAUAAAAUAAAAAAAAAAAAUAAUGAUAAUCAUCAAAAAUAUAUAGAAGAUAUAAAUACUGAAAAUACUAACUUUUCUACAUUAUUAAUAAAUAAUAAUAAUCAACAUCAUGGUCUGUCUAAUUAUAAAUAUCAGAAUAAUUUUGGAUAUUUUGAAGAUAAUAAAAAUGUUUCAAUAAAUUCUCAAAAUGAUUAUUCGAAUCUUGUCGACACAAAGUUGGCAAAAACGGGCUCGGAAAAAACAACGAAUCAAAAUAAUUUUAUUAAUAACCCUGAUGACAAAAAUCAACAAUAUCAUAGUUAUAAUAGUGUAAAUAAAUCUGGAAAUUGUGUUUUCCAAGAAAGGAACACACCAUCUUCUAAUUUGGGUUCAUAUAACAAUAUAGAUGCAAAGGUUAACAAUAGCUGUGUUAAUAACAACCUGGUUAGCUGUGCUAAUAAAUUAACCAAUAAGUAUAAUCAAAAAAAUGGUAACAAAUAUUACAAAAUUGAAAAAGAAGGAACUAUUAAUGUGCUUAAAGAUAAUUCUAUUCAAUCGGUGCCAGAAGAUAACAAUAAUUAUUUAGUUCAGAAUAAAUAUAAUAUAUAUAAUGAAUAUAUGACCAAUUCGUUGCAAUUUGAUGGUAUUGAAAAGGAAUCUAAGAAUGUGACAAUAAGUGUGUCUAAUAAUAUGAAGAACAAAUUUAAUGCCUUUGAAACAAAAUUAAAUACAAAUAGUGGCAAUAAUUCCUUAUAUAAUAAUAGUAAGGUCGAGAUCAAUAAUUUAGUGCACUAUGAUAAAAAUGAAAAAAAUAUUUAUUUCGAUACACAGCAAAUGAAUGUAGUAAAUUCAAAUAACAAUUCGAACGUGUUUAACAGAAAUAAUGAAAAUAACAAUGAUCUUCUUCUGAAUCAUCUAAAUGAUGAAAUGUAUUACAAAAAAAUUAACAAGACAAAUAUUAUAUUUGAACAAGAAGAUGGUAUUCAAAAUGAUUUAAAAAAUUAUAUAGAAGAAAUAAAUGAAUAUGAACAUGAAAAUCAUAUUGAUGUGAAAUAUCUAAAUAAUGAUAUAGAUAUAAAACUUAGUGAAAAUAAAAAUAAGGAUCAUUUUAUAGAUAAUUAUCAUGAUGAAAAUGAUGUCAAUUAUUCUGAUGAUUUAUAUAACGGAGAUGAUAUAGUUAACUGUGUUCAUAAUAAUGGAUAUUUUAGUAUUGACGAUCCAGAUGAUAAUAAUAUGAAUCCAAGUUUUGAAAAUUUGUAUAGCAUUGAAGAUAGUAAUUUUAUUAACAAUCCAGAAUUUUCUUCAUUCUUUAUUGACACUACUGACAAUAAAUGUAUGGAUGAAAUGGAUGGUGAAAUUCAUAUGAGCAAUUAUAGUAAUGAUAAUUUAGAUACUGAUUCUCAUUGUUUUAAAAAAAUUAAUCUUAUAAAUAACAAUAUUAAUGGAAUUGAAGAAAAUAACAAUAAUAGCAAUUCUACAACCACAACAACUAAUACUAUCGAUAUGGGUAAAAAUAAAAUAUUCAUUAAUAAUAAUAAUGAAAAAAAAAAAAUAAUCUCCAACAAUUUGAUCUCCAACAAUUUAAUCACAAACAAUUUAAUCACCAACAAUUUAAUCACAAACAAUUUAAUCACAGAAUGUGAUGUUAAUAUAUUUCGUAGCAGUGACUAUUUAGAUAAUACAGUAAAUAAUUAUUAUGAUAAUACCACCAAAAAUACAAAAAUAAAUAAAUGUAUGCUUUUUGAAUAUGAAAAAAACUCUAAUUUAUAUCCGAAAACUGGUUAUUUUAAUAAUAUACACACUAAUGAUACAAAUGUUAAAAGUGAAAAUGAUAUAUGGAAUCAUAACUCUAUAUCAAGUACAAAAUUAUCUUUAUUAAAUAGUGCCAUAUGUAAUGACAAAAUAAAUAGCUUUUCUUUUUAUUCAAAUAAUAUAGUAUCCCCACAAAAUAAUUUCCUAUUAAAUAAUCAGAGAUAUAAUAAUUCAAAGGAAUAUAUUGAUUUUCUCUCAUAUAAAGAUACACCCAAUUAA